GUUGCUACAGUGAGAAGCAGUGAAAUUAAAACUGUGGUCAGGGACAGUUUCAUUUCAUCACUGCUCUUUGAUUCACGAUGAUGCUGUAUAUGAUUGUUCCACUGUGUGUUCUAUUCACUUUCACCCAACAGGCACCUUCACGUGAAGUUAAGUGUGUGUGUGAGUUGACUAAUUCUGAGAAGGCAUUCCCGCAUGGCAAACUCAGCACAGCAGAGGACAAUGCAUCAAAAUGUAACAGCAAGAUCACCCCCCAGAAGACUCGGGAGUUUGAGAGUCUUCUGUUGGGUUUGGAACUACGUCUGCCCCAAUUGCUAGAAGAUGUGUCAAUGCUAGAGAAGGAAGAUGACGGAGAGCUUUAUGGAGCUCUUAGCCUGCAGGUGAUAGAGAAUGAAAUGAUGGAUAUCAAACAACUCAUCGACAAGCUCAACAGCACCACGCAGGGACACCAGCAUCUCACCACUGACACCUCUAAACAGCUGGAAGACCUGAGAGCAGUAAUGCGGGAGCUGGAAAGGUUCGACACUAUGCAGGUGGUCAAGAGUGUACACGCCAACCGUCGUCUAAAGACAGAUCUUGACCAGUGCAAGAAUGGACACCCAACCAUCCAACCCACUGGGCCCCCACAGGGUAAUUGUCCACACGGACAUUUUCUGAACAUCACUGGGCCCAGGGUACACACAGCAGGAGAGUAUCCCGGCUCCUACAUGUAUGGAGCUUGGGGUCGGGAUCCCAAACCAGAGGCGAGUAAGGAGAACUGGUAUUGGCUGGUAUUGAUGACCUCCAGCAACAAAUACUCCAACUUCGUUCGUCUCUACUCCAGCCUGAGUUCUCUCAUUGUUGGGGUGAGCGUCCCAGGUAAUGUCCAGAUCCACUCCUCUAACCCAACCACCAAUACCAUCCAGGGUCCAAAUGUUGUUCUGUACGGAGAGGCCUUGUACUACAACUGUUACAACCAAGAUGCUGUUUGUCGGUUCAACCUCACCACUAAAACUGUUACCACCUUACAACUACCCAAAGGCACCAGAUUUAAUUCAAAGGGGAACUUCUGCCACCUUGAUGAAUGCUACCCAUACACUGACCUGGACCUGGCGACAGAUGAGUCCGGUGUGUGGGUGAUCUACACCACCACGCAGAACUUUGGCAACCUGGUGCUGUCCAAGGUGGAGGAGGGUGAACAGCUGACACUUGGCCAAACCUGGCACACCCAAGUAUACAAGCAGGGGGUGACCAACACCUUCAUGGCCUGUGGCGUGCUUUACGCAACACGGUACAUCAACAAAAACGUGGAGGAGAUCUUCUAUUCAUUUGACACUGUGACAGGUGUCGAAAAGUUCAACAUUGCCAUCUUCAUCCACAAGAUGUCUCCCAAUAUUCAUUCCCUGAACUACAGCCCUGUGGACCACAUGCUACAUGCCUACUGUGACUCCUACAUGGUCUCCUAUAAGGUUGUGUUUGGUUAAAUGGACAAUUCUGAAGAGGCAUUUUCUGUAAGCCUGUAUUCAAUUUAGAACCAAAUAAAGAGGGUGGUGUGAGGUUGUUUGCACUAUA